UAUUGCCGCGCAAGGUAUUUCUCGCGACCGAAUCUGUGCGUAGAAUUUUUUGUUUUAAAGGGUUUUCCCAGGAUCUUGACAGCUGCCGAACGCAGCGAGGCAGGCAUGAGGACUUUUUGGACUAUCGUUCUUUGCGUAAUCACCGUGAUCGCUGCGGUGUACGCCAAGCCUACGAUUUACAAAAAAAAUCAAGAUAAUGUAUUCGAACCAGUGAUGGUACCCGUUUCAUCCACGGUAAUUCCAUUGCCGGUGUACAAAGUAGGCUAUGGCUUAGGUUUCAUAUCAAAAGAUAAGAAGACCCAAUCAUCAUUCAAACCAGAAGAUGGCAUAAAAUUGAUUACGAUCAGCAAAGUUCAAGAAAAGAAGAUCUGAUAUAAAUGUGAAUAUUCUAAGUUAUGUCAAGUAAUAUUUGUUGGAGGCGUGCAUCUUCCGAAAAUGUUAGAAACGUGUGCGCCUGUUAAGUUAUCUAAUUAAGAAACUCUAUACACCAAAAAAAUAUGAACCUCCAUAAAUGUUAAUCUUUAAUUAUUUUAUCAUCGAAAAUAUGUAUUUUAUCUCUAAGAUAUUAAAUCAAAACU